UUAGAAAUACCAGCAUAAUAAGUCCUGUGACUGGAGCGCUCCGUAAAUUAACUCCAUUAGAUAAAGCCUGAUUUAAUGGGGGGAAGAUGGUGAGAAGCGCUACCCUCAUUAAAUCUGGCUGUUAGAGGCGCUUCUGAUGGAAUUAAAUUUGUUUUAGUUGUUUGAAUCACAUAGAAUAGUCUGUGCAUGUGCACGUACACACGUGCGUUCUAUGAUUUUUGUGGGUAUUUUUUAAAGAGCAGAGGAAAAGAACAAAAAACAAAAAUAUGCCAAAAUAUACCAAUCCUCCAAAAUCAAAAACUGAAUGAAUGCUCAAGAGCCAAAGAGUGGAAGACAAGGAGAAAGGCAGGAUAGAAGCAAGGAGUGGAAAGUGCAAGAGAGUUCUCCUGGUUAUAAAGCCAUGAGCUCCCUUCGGUGGGGGCUUCUGCUCAGCUGCCUGGGCUGUGGACUCCUGCCUGGAGCCUGGGCGCAGUUCCCCCGGGUCUGCAUGACGGUGGACAGUCUGCUGUCCAAGGAGUGCUGCCCGCCACUGGGCAUGGAGCCGGCCAAUGUCUGUGGCUCUCAGGAGGGCCGGGGCCAGUGCACAGAGGUGCAAACUGACACCAGACCCUGGAGCGGUCCUUACAUCUUGCGAAACCAGGAUGACCGAGAACGGUGGCCAAGGAAGUUCUUCGACCGGACCUGCAAGUGCACAGGAAACUUUGCUGGCUAUAACUGUGGAGACUGCAAGUUUGGCUGGACUGGCCCCAACUGUGAUCGGAAGAAAGCGCCAGUUGUUCGGCAGAAUAUCCAUUCCUUGACUCCUCAGGAGAGGGAGCAGUUUUUGGGUGCCUUAGAUCUCGCGAAGAACACCACACACCCCGACUAUGUGAUCACCACGCAACACUGGCUUGGGCUGCUUGGGCCAAAUGGGACCCAGCCACAGAUUGCCAACUGCAGCAUUUAUGAUUUCUUUGUGUGGCUCCAUUAUUAUUCUGUUAGAGAUACACUAUUAGGACCAGGGCGCCCAUAUAAGGCCAUCGACUUCUCACACCAAGGACCUGCCUUUGUUACAUGGCACCGGUACCAUUUGUUGUGGCUGGAAAGAGAUCUCCAGCGACUCACUGGCAAUGAGUCCUUUGCUUUGCCCUACUGGAACUUUGCCACUGGGAGGAAUGAGUGUGAUGUGUGUACCGACCAGCUUCUUGGGGCAGCAAGACAAGAUGAUCCGAUGCUGAUCAGCCAGAAUUCAAGAUUCUCCAGCUGGGAAAUUGUCUGUGAUAGCUUAGAUGACUACAACCGCCGGGUCACCCUGUGUAAUGGAACCUACGAAGGUUUGUUGAGAAGAAAUCAAGCGGGAAGAAACAGUGAGAAAUUACCAACCUUACACGACAUACAAGAUUGUCUGUCUCUCAAGAAGUUUGACAAUCCUCCUUUUUUUCAGAACUCUACCUUCAGCUUCAGGAAUGCCCUGGAAGGGUUUGAUAAAGCAGAUGGGACCCUGGACUCUCAAGUGCUCAGCCUUCACAAUUUGGUUCAUUCCUUCCUGAACGGGACAAGUGCUUUGCCACAUUCUGCGGCCAAUGAUCCCAUUUUUGUGGUCCUUCAUUCCUUUACUGAUGCCAUUUUCGAUGAGUGGAUGAGAAGAUUCAAUCCUCCCGCUGAAGCCUGGCCUCAGGAGCUGGCGCCCAUUGGUCACAAUCGGAUGUAUAACAUGGUUCCUUUCUUCCCUCCAGUCACUAAUGAGGAACUCUUUUUAACCGCAGACCAACUUGGCUACAGCUACGCCAUUGACCUGCCAGUUGAACAAACUCCAGGUUGGACCACAACCCUGUCAGUGGUUAUGGGAAUGCUGGUGGCUUUGGUUGGUCUUUUUGCUCUACUGGUUUUCCUUCAGUAUAGAAGACUUCGAAAAGGAUAUACACCCCUAAUGGAGACACAUUUAAGCAAGAGAUACACAGAAGAAGCCUAGGAUGCUCACACUUACCCUAGAGAAGAAGCUGGCCAAGUUGUAGUUCUGACUCUGACAAUGAACAAACCUUAGUAUCCUUCCUUUAGUUGAAGAUCUUUGGCAUAGCUCCUCCAAAUGUGGCGAUGACCCCAAAGACAGAAGAUGCUUAUUUAUAGUCUGGUUUGCUUGUUUGGCAAACUCAAGCUAAAGUGCUAGAGGCUAUCUCUGCCAUCAAACAAAGGUAGAGCUGAUGGUUUGUGGUAUCACAUAAUAAUUCCCUAUGUUGAUUAAGCCUCCUCACGUUCUGAGAGCACCAAAAAAAACCUGAUAGAGUGGAUUCAUUUUAAUUUACAGGUCAGUGUAAUUUGAGACCUGGACCAGAUCACGGUUCCAUCUUUCUUGGUCCAAAGGUCUUCAUUUGUAAUGGGGUGGAGGUAGGGGGUGGCAGGUGCUACAUGAAUCUCCAAGAUCCAUUUUAGUUAUAAACAUCUAUGCUUUUAGGUGCCUUUCUGAUAAUUUUCCUGAGGCUUGUUUUUCUUCUUUGUCUUCUCUGUCUUUUCUUCUCCAGCUUUUAAAAUGUUCUUGAAGAUGAAAAUAGGCCUUAUUUUCCAAAUAGGAUGGAGAAUAAAUGAAUGAAUGAAUGAUAAAUUCAGUUCUUUUUUGUAAAUUGGACUUUACAGAAUUUAUCAAGUCUGCCCUUUCUGACAGUAGGCAUAUCACAAGGUUCAAUAGCUGGAUAAACAUUGAUCCUAUAGUGAUAAAUAAAUAGACGAGGGAUUAAAUUAUAGAGCUUUCUAGUUGUUACAAACCUCUUAACAAGCAUAGAAUCACUAUUUCCAGGAAACGCUGACUGGUGAAGGCUGGCGAGGCGAUAAUCCUGAAUAUGAGACAAUUUGAUUAGUGUUCCAUUGCUCUGAGGCUCCCUUUGGCCGAUCCUGAACCAGUUCCUUUACUAGGCAGCCUCAGAUGAAAAAUCUUUCACGUAUAAUGCAUUUGGCUUAUUUUUAAGAGUUGACUUCAGAUUCAUUAAUGCCGCACCGUACUGACAGUUACUUACGAAUACUCAUCGAUUAAGUGUUAUCAUUUAAAAGCAAACCAUCCAUACAAAAUAUAACAAUUCAGAAUUAAAUGGUUAUGUUCUGCUAAGCAAUCAUUAGGUCAAGAGAUAUAAGAAUGAGGUAGUCUUUACUAAGAGGUUUAGACUUAUUAAGAUGAUGCUUGCUGAGAACUUAAUGGUCAUUGAGAUUUCAAGGCAAAUUUCAUCUGCUCCUAUCUGGUACCUGUGCAUCAGGAGUGAGCCCAAAGUUCUAGAAGGUGGCCCAUCUAUCUGUUCAUUUCAGCCCCUCUCUAUCGGAGUGAAUGAGUGUUGAUAGACUCCUGGAGCUGCCUCCUAUAUAUGGGGGGCCUAGAAGGUGCAAGAUUCAUUAAGAUAGUGUUAUCUGCUGGAAUAAGACUGUAAAAGCCAGAAAAAUGAAAAAGCCCAAUGUGACCUGAAUUUGAGUUUGAGUGAGUCUCAUAAUCCUACAGGUAUAUCUGAGAGUAGGUUCAGUGGAUGAGAAUCAAGAUAGCCCCGAGUUCUUCAGGGGGUGAAGCCCCGCUUGGGCAUUUUUAGCCACAACCACAUACAUUGAUCUCAACUCCUGCCUUUAUUCGUGGAAAAUUCAGCAAUGGUUCAAUAACAUGCUCCACUCUAGAAGAUUUAUGCUCUGAACUCAGGGUUGUUGAGGAACACAUUUUUACAUCCUGUUUUUAAACCAAAAGAGAAAUAUAUUAAAAUGAAGCUAUAAUUGUGCAUGGUAGAUAUGUUUCUGAAAAGUUAGGUAUAAAUCAAUUAUGCGUUAAAAGCAUCAGGGGAAAUUACUUUUUAUAGAUGAACUAUUACGAAUAAUUCUAUAAAGCACAUAACAACCUCUAGCUUAUCUUCCAGGUAUAUCAGAAUUUUUAUGCAUCAUAUUCCCAUAAGAUUUUUUUGAAGCAAGAUCUAUCUGAGGUAGAAAAAAAGAGUAAUCAUUUAUACUUAGCUACUUUUAUAUAUAGCAAUGCUACUUUUUAUAAAUAUUAUGUUUUAUAAUGUCUUCCUAAGAGAAAUAAUUGCCUAAUUUUGUAGUUCAUAUAAGAGGAAUAAAAUUUUCUAACAUUUUCUAACAUUAUAAUAAAUCAAUGAUCAGUAAACCUUUUAACAAAUCUAAAGGUAGAACAAACAUGUGGAAUAAAAAAGUUGGUAUUUACUUACACUGAAUAUUAUGCAGAUAAACUCAGGCAAUAUCACCGAGCACUGUAGGGCUAUACUUCUCAUUAAUAGGGAAAAAAUUCAACCUUGAAGAAAACGAAUGGAUCACUUUAUAUGCUUCUAUGCACAGUAUUAGAAAAACUGCAUGUAUAUGAAUUUUGAUUUCAAAAGGAAUGCUUUUACAAAGCUAACAUUCAGAAGUGAACUGAAAUCCUUUAACAUCCUUCCUUUGUGAAUUAAAUUCUCUUCUAAUUCUAACUCUUUGACAUUAAUUUGUUUCUUGCUUAGGAUUUAACAUUGUUAAUUAUAAUAAUCUUAAUGAAUAAUUUCAAUCCCACAUUAACAAGAAGUCUAAAACUUAUUAAAGAAGAAAAUAAAAAUAAACCUUGUUUUGCACAUUAUUGUUUGUCUGUUGGGGGCUAUUGUUUUUUAAUUUGUGAACAUAAAUUUCCAUCUUUUUGACAUUCAAUAUACAUAUAUUGGAUAUGUGUAUAUAUAUAAAAACUACGUAACAACUACUUCACUUUUGAAAAUAAGUUCUUAAACUGAUGUUUCUACUUUCUUUUGAGUUUCUAAGGAAUUGCUACUUCCUGGCAUUCUGUUAUACAGGUGGGAAAAGCAGACACCAGCCUUUUUUCAGGUGAAGAGUUUUGCUGUCCCCUUAGUCUAAAGACUGAUCGUAUGGUAGGAGUGGCGUAGGGUGGCUACUUAAGUCACUGACCAGGAAGGAUCCUGCAGCAGCUAAGUGGCAGAUCCUCCUGGAAAGGCUUCCAGGUCAGUCAGCUUGUUGGAGACCCUCAGAAUAAGGAAGUUAGAGCCAAGGAAGCAAUGUUUAUGUCGUGUCCGCUUCCACAUCUAGACUUUAAGUUUCUUGAAGCUUGGAGAGGUCAGACUGUACCUCUCUCUGUACAGCUCCACUGCCAUCCUUUCAAAGCACUUUAAGUACUCAGAAACUGUUGAUGGUUCACUGAUACAGGGGCAUAAAAGAGCCAGUUCACCACUCCUCCCCACAACUGGGAGAUAAUUACUCUCCUUGAUGCAAUGGCAAAUCCCAAGGUUAAACUCUUCCUGUUUCUACAGUGCCUUGCUCAUCCUGAGUUCCCUAUAAAUAUUUUUUGAAUGAAUAAACUAAUCUCAAAGUA